AUGGCUAGGCGGGUGGCGGACAGCACCGGCGGCGUGCGCGCGCAUGAAGGGCUACGCAGCGACCGGAAGGCCUCCUUGUCUGGAUACCUGCGGACUCAAACGGAGGGCAGUGAGGAGUGGGCCACGUCUCUGGGGAGUCUGGCCAAGUCGACCAUCGCGCGUCGGGUGUGCUGCAACGAGUCGUUAGACGCCGGCGCGAUAGUAGGGGAGGUGGCGCCGAUUGUGCGAGCGCGAAUGCCGGAAGAGACGAGGGAGGGUCUGUUCCGGCGGGCCGCGGCGGCUUUGUAUGGUGAUUGGGGCUAA